UUCCCUGUACAGGACACAUUUAAUAAAUACUAGCAGUCUGUGAAUAUUUCCAUAUGUUGAAAUUGAUAAUAAUAUAUACUUCUGCAUUUAAAUAUUUAAAGGUUCAAAUGUGUGCAUUAUUUUAGAAAACGGGAUUAACCAACGAAAGAUGCGAUUCUAUAUACAGGAAAUCUGUGUUUGUAUAUGUUUAUGGCUGCCAUAUGCUUUUUCUAAAGUAGAACAAAUUGACUAUCCGGUUAAAUUAGCACGUUGUUAUAAUGGUUUCUACAAUAAAACUUCGGUAUCCAGGAGUGUAGGAUACAGUAUCCACUUUUCUUGUUAUCAUGAAUACAGACUUAAAACAUCAACGGAGAGAAAAUACAAAGGAAAAUUGCUUGGUCUUAAGGAUAACGCUUAUAUUAAGGGAAAUAUGAAAAGUGUAGAAUCUAACAUUAGAGCAAAGCGACAAGCUGGAGGUCAGGGAACACCGAAACCCAGAAGACAGAGAAAAGAAAUAAGAAUGAUGACAGAUGAAGAACGAGAAAAAUACUUAGCUGCAAUUACAACAUUGAAAACCACAGAAGAACAAGUCGGAAAUGAAUCAAUCAGUCGUUUCGGUUUGUUAGCAGCUUUUCAUUCUGGUGAACAGUUAGGUGCUCAUGGUGGAUGUGGAUUUGGCCCGUGGCACAGAGCGUAUCUAAUAAUGUAUGAACAGGCUUUGAUGCAAGUUGAUGAUACAGUUACACUUCCUUAUUGGGAUUCAACUCUCGACUUUUAUAUGGAAGACGCUACACAAUCUAUCUUAUGGACUGACAAAUUUAUGGGAAAUGGAGACGGAUUAGUUACUACAGGUCCAUUCAAAAACUGGGAUACUGCUGUUGGGCCUUUAACAAGAAAUAUCGGAGUUUCUGGAAAACUUUACAGCGAAGAUGACUUUUUAAAUGUGACGUCAAGGACAAGAUAUGGAGAAAUUUGUGGUGAUGAAGCAUUACCAGAACAUGACAUGGAGUUUUUACACGGACCUCCUCAUGUUUGGAUUGAUGGUCAGAUGGGAAUAAUUGAGACAGCAGCCCAUGAUCCUAUCUUUUUUAUGCACCAUUCCUUUGUGGAUCUUAUAUGGGAAAAAUUUAGAGACAACCAAAGACGGAAUGGAGUAGACCCUCAAGUAGAUUAUCCUGCUGAAUUCUUUGGAGAUAUAUUUCACGCACCAGAGGAGGCCAUGGGUAUCGGUAGUAUGACAAUGAAAGAUGGUCUGGACGACAAAUUUACAAGAGACAUAUAUGAGUAUGCUCCUCGACCAACUUGUAGCAGAAAUAAUCAGAACUGUGGCUCUAAAUAUUUAAAGUGUGUUGAUGUAUCUGGUGCAUUUAGGUGUGUGUCAAAAACACUAGAUGAAUAUGAGGCUGACAUGGCAACAGGUGGAGGAAAUACUGGAGGAGGAAACACUGGUGGAGGAAAUACUGGAGGAGGAAACACUGGUGGAGGAAAUACUGGAGGAGGAAACACUGGUGGAGGAAAUACUGGAGGAGGAAACACCGGAGGAGGAAACACCGGAGGCGGAAGCUGUCCAACUCCAAAGCCACCAGUUCCACCGAAAGUAAAACCUACAUUGCAUAAACCUGUUCAAAACAACUUUUGUGUAAAUGGUAAAAGUGACACAAGAGAAUGGGUAUAUUUACCAAUUAGAGUAACGUAUCAACGGCCACCAGAUUUCACGAAUUACGGAUCUUACCCUAUUCGAAAUGGAAAGCAGGCAUCAAAAUCAGAUAUUUAUGCUCCAUCUGGAUAUUCAUCUAUGAACAAAUACAUAAGACCAGGUCGACCAGAAAACUAUGGGAAUUGUAAAAGUUCUACUAGCGGUGCAGGUGAAAUGUACAUACAAUCUGAUGGACUAAAUUAUGAUGGUACAUAUAGAGAAUAUGCAGUAAUUGAUCAUCGUUUAGCUAUAUCCAUGUCAGUUGCAUAUGUUGCAGUGAAGAAGCCAGAAAUCAACGACCCAUCUGAUGUAGUAAUUUCGGCGUUUGAUUCAUGUGGAAGAGUUUGUCAUGCUACGUGUUUAAUUCCUGGCACUGAUUACUACAGGCCGUGUUCUGGUGCAUUAAGAGUUUCCGAUAUUCCACGUUUUCCAAAAAUGUAUGGUGGAAAUUUUGGAAAUUCUGUUUUGAACGUUUGGAAUUACACAUCAUCGGCAUGUCCACAAUUUAACAUUGAUCAAAUAUAUGUCUCCUUUUUCUGUGAUUACAGUAACAGGUGGCCGUGGGAACAUGCCCGUAAACAGAACCUCCCUCCACCUCCUCCAAAAAGAAGACCCUCAGUAAACAAUCAACCAAAUGGACCACGAAUAGCAAAUAAACAAACUGAACCAAGCUUGACAAUGCCUCCAACAUCUCAAAAACAAAAAUGUGCAAUAAGAGGAUGUAUGAUCGAACGUGAUGAUUGUAGAGCACCAUGUGAAAAUUUGGUCAAUUAUCCAUGUGUUAACAAAUGCAACACAUUUGCACGAUGUUUUUACAAGAAAUAUUAUAUACAGACUUGUAGUUAUGGACAUUAUGAUAUUACAAAUGGAAAAUGUCAACGUGGAAAAGGCCACUGUACAGACGAAGAAUAUAAUAGGGGUGGUCCAAGACAUCAACAUAGCCACAAUCAUGCCAGAAACAUACAUAGGCCUGUUCAAAGAUGGGGAAGAAGACCAGGAUAAGGAUAAAAUAUAGAUUGUUAAAUGAUUCGUUUAAAAAGUCCCAAAGAUAUUCCGUCCAUGCACAACGUAACUUUUUUUUUCAUUUCAUAAAUGAAAAUUAUAACCUGGUAAACUUGAAUUGAUAAAUAUGUUUAUAUAUAAAAUAUUUAUUCAUAAAAAAUCUUCAUGUUUUAAGAAUUAGUGACAUCAGAAUGGAUAUGAACUAGGGCAAAAUGUGAACUACGGUGUGACGUAAUGGUUAAACAUAUAUUUGUCAAACUUUUUUUUUACUAAGUAUGGAGAAAAAUACUUUGACUUUAUGAUGAUAGAUGAUUUCAUCGCUCGUACAUCAAUGAAAAUGAAAAUCAAAUGUCGUCAUUUAUUAUAUUUAUGUUGCAUGGGACUUUAUGAAUCAAUGACAAUGUAUUGGUGGACUAUUUAGAUGUAAUUCAAAAGAAUUGUAAAGAUUCAAAAUGACGAAUUGUAUUUUUGCAACAUCAUAAUCCCGUUCAUAUAUAUUUGGCGGAUGAUUUAUCAAAUACAAUGUAAGAGUGUCCAAACUAAUUCAACUGCAGUUAACGAAACUCAUUAACAGUACAAUAGCAACCGUGUUAACAUAUUAUUAUCAUAAAGGGAUUAUAACACUAGAUCAAAAACCAGAUUUCGCAAAAUCGGACAGCUUAAUAUGAAACAAGAAAAUAAAUACGAAAGCAAAUACUUUAUGAGGUAGAAAGGAAACAUUAUAAAAAAAACAUUUUAAGACAGACAGUUAGAUACCAUAAACAUACUAAUGUAUACACAGGCCAGAGUCUGAGCUUGUUUUGCUAUAUGAUAUAAAAACUAAAUUGACGAAAAAAGGUCAUUUAUUCAAAAUCAUAAAAUGCUAAAAAUAUAUUUUGCAAAUAAAACAUUUGACAUAAAAGUUCAUAAUUAAUAUGAAAUUAUAAUACAUAAAAGUUCAUAAUUAAUAUGAAAUUAUAAUACAUAAAAGUUCAUAAUUAAUAUGAAAUUAUAAUACAUAAUUAAUACGAAAUUACAUCAACUAAAAUAAUAUCAGUUGAAUAAAUUACAAAGAAUAGCAAAGGUGGGGAGAAAAAUCUGCCCCACUAAUAAACAUAUAUACAUAUCUACUGCUAAUAUAAAUUUAAGGGAGGUAUGCGGGUGGGAAUUUUUCACAAAUUGUUUGAUAAGAAUUACAAGUUAACAAGUCAAGAGCUGAUGAUAAAAGGAAGUGCCUACAACGCACAUACACGUGAACUCGUGCUGACCCCGCAAGAUCAUUGACCAAUAAGAAAGAUGUAAUCCAAUCAUGCACUGGUCAUUAGUGAAAUUUCUCUACACGUGAAAACAUGUUAUCUAAUUUCAACAAUUUAUCGUUUGAUUAAGUAUGACAAAUCUGGCACAUUGACCAGUAUAGAGACAUCAUAAAUUUACAGUAUAAAUAGCUCACUCUUUAUUUAAGUCUCAGUAAUAAACAAUUAAUACAGAAUUAUCUUCCCUGUUGUCUUAAAUGAUUUUAUUCAGCUUAAUUUUCAAUUAGCAAAUAAAAUUGGUUAUGGCAUAGUAUUUUUAAAAGAUAGGCGAAGGAUACCAAAGGGACACUCAAAUUCAUAAGUCGAAAAUAAACUGACAACGCCAUGGCUAAAAAAGAAAACAGACAAACAACAGUACACAAAACAACAUUGAAAACCAAAGACUGAGCAACACGAACCCCACCAAAUACUGGGGUUGAUCUCAGGUGCUCUUGAAGGGUAAGCAGAUCCUACUCCACAUGUGGCACCCGUCGUGUUGCUCAUUUAAGUACAAACCCGAUGAUAUGUCUUAUUCGGUAGGUCACAUUCGGGGGAAAGGGGACGAAAUUGUAGUUAAAAGAAACUCGUUGUCAUUAGCCAGUAAGUACUUUUUUUUUUGCCUUAUUUUAAGCAAUUAUGUCUUUUUUUCAUUAUCAAGUUGUAUUUUAUUCUAUCAGUUGUUGUCCUUUUUUCUUAUUCAUGUAUGUAAUAAAAAUCGAUUAAAAGCUCA